AGUGUUUUUUAUUAAUUUGUUGAUUCUGGCGUCUUAGUUAACUUUAGCUGCUGUUCCAGAGAGCGCGCCAAAGCCAAAUAAGUGUCCUUAUAUAUAGUUGUGGUUGUUUGUCCUUGUUAAAGCCAAGGAAUUUCAAAGCCAACCGCAAAUUAUGCUCAAGGCUGUCUAUGAAACGCAAUAAUUAAGACGACGAAGAAGCGGGUCGAGGAUAGCGGGCGGCGUCUUCUGUGUUAUUGUGUAUAAAUUAACAAAAGUGGCAACGACAGUUUUUGUUUAGCCCGAUUUCAUCAUGUGCUGCAAGUGCUGCGGCGAAACGCAGCGCAAAUGUUGGGUCUUUGGCAUUGGCAGCGUCUUUGUCAUCCUGGGCAUACUACUCGUGGUGCUCUGGCCCGAUCUGGCUGACAAGCUUGUGGAGAAUGGCUUGAAACUGGAACCCGGCACCGAUACCUACGACAGCUGGCUGGAGGCGCCCAUACCCAUCUAUCUGAAGUUCCACAUGUUCAACUGGACCAAUCCGGAGGAUAUACGCAAUCCGAACAUUAAGCCACACUUUACCGAAAUGGGUCCAUAUGUCUUCCUCGAGAAGCACAAAAAGGAGAACUUCACCUUCUACGACAAUGCGACGGUGGCGUAUUAUGAGCGUCGCACCUGGUUCUUCGAUGAGGAGCGCUCCAAUGGCACGCUGAUGGACAUGAUAACCACGGCGCAUGUCAUUACCGCCACCGUGGCCGAUGAGAUGCGUCACGAGCGAAAGAUUAUCAAGAAGAUUGUUGAUUUUAUGCUAAAUACCGAGGGCGGCUCUUUGUACACCACAAAACCGGUGCACGAAUGGAUAUUCGAUGGCUAUCAGGAUGAUCUCACCGAUUUCCUCAAUCUGUUCAAUACCAGCAAAAUCGACAUACCCUAUACACGUUUCGGCUGGCUGGCGGAUCGCAACGGUUCACUGGAAUACGACGGUCUCUUUACCAUACACACGGGCACCGAUGACUUGUCCAAUUUGGGUCGAUUGACGCACUGGAAUAGAAAAAACGAGACGGGUUUCUAUAAGCUGCCGUGCGGCAUUGUUAAUGGCACCACGGGUGAUCUGUUUCCGCCCAAAUUGAAUACACAGGAGGAGAUAACCAUAUUUGCGACGGAUGCGUGUCGUUUUAUGAAUCUGCGGCCCCAGGGCACCAUGGUUAUGCACGGUCUAACGGCCACACGUUGGGUGGGCACCGAGGAGACACUCGACUCCGGCGAGAACUAUCCAAAUCAGGCCUGUUUCUGUGAUCCACGCUUGGAGGAGUGCCCCAAAACGGGCGUUGUCGAGUGCAAGGCAUGCCGCGACAAGGCGCCCAUCUACUCAUCCUUCCCGCACUUCUACCUGGCCGACGAGUCCUAUUUGAAUGCGGUCAGCGGCCUGAAGCCGGACAAGUCGCAGCACGAGUUUGUUAUGGCCGUGGAGCCAAGGACUGGCGCGCCCGUCCAGGUGCACGGACGCAUACAGAUCAACAUGAUGCUGGAGCCGGAUGAUGAUUACAAGAUUUACCGUGGCGUGCAAAAGGUUUUGAUGCCCAUGUUUUGGUUUGAUCAGUUCGCCGAGCUAACUCCCGAGCUGGCCUCCAGGGCCAAGCUGGCCAUUAACUUAUCGGACUAUGGCUUCUACACGGGCAUCGGCUGCAUUGUUUUCGGCGGCAUCUUUUUGACCACCGGCAUUGUACUUACCCUGACCAAGCGCUGGGUGCGGCGACCCGUUGAUGAUGAGGAUAUGCUAACCAAUUAGUGGCCGCAGCUUAAUACACUAACUAAAAUGCCAAAUGUGCCAGGACACAAGUUAACGUUUGCUAGUUCAUUAUUAAGUCGCGUUGUUGUUGUUUUUUUGUUACAUCAGUUGCCAUUUUAAAAUUUGAUAGCAACAGAUUAAUAUGCCGAUUGUGUGUAUAAAUAUGUGCUAUAUACAGGCAUUUGUGAUAAACACACACAAACACACCCUAUUGUUAAGUACAAUAUAUACAUGGACUCUUUGAUGUAUGACUAAAACUGACUCCCACCCUCCCAAAUGUUAUGAACUUGCCUCAACAUUCCAUCGUCUGUUCGAAGCAACAAUUUGUAAAUUAACUAUAAACAAUAGAAAUAGAAUUUGUAACACGCUCUCUCUCUGAGAAGCAAGUUUUAA